AGAAAAUGGCGGACGGAGUCGAGUCCGGAGCGGCGGCGCCCGAGUCUGGAGAGGCCGGCCUUCUGGCCGAGCUCCUCUCCCCGAUCAACCUUUUCCUCAUAUUCCUGUGCCUCUUCCUGCUCUACAAGAUCAUAGGCGGGCGCCGCCAGGCCUCGGUGCCGAGCAAGCCGCGGCUGCCGCCGAUGAAGAAGCGGGACUUCUCCCCGCAGGAGUUACAGAAGUUCGACGGCCGGGGCGAGCCGGAGACCGAGGAGGGCCGCAUCCUGAUCGCCGUGAACGGCAAGGUCUUCGAUGUCAGCCGGGGGAGGGCCUUCUACGGACCGGAGGGUCCAUAUGGAAUCUUUGCUGGUCGGGACGCAUCUCGUGGCCUGGGGACGUUCUCGGUGGACAAGGAGGCGAUCCGUGAUGAGUACGACGACCUGUCUGACCUGAACGCCAUGCAGUGGGAGAGCAUCCGCGAGUGGGAGCAACAGUUCCAAGAGAAGUAUGACUACGUGGGCAGGCUGCUGAAGCCGGGGGAGGAGCCACACGACUACACAGACGAGGAGGACGUCAAGGAAGCAGAGCAGAGCAAAGAGAGAACAAAGGACGACUAGUUCAGCUCUCCUGGAACAUCCGGCCAUGGGAUCAUCCAGACUGUCUCCCCUUCUACAACCUGUAUCAGUUGUUGUACUAUUACAAUAAUGUAAUUCUUAAUUUCAUGAGAUAGGAUGGACGGUGCCACCCCCCCCCCCAAAAAAAAAUUCUGGAAUAGUUACUUUAAACACCUCUUGGGUGUGUUAUGUUACAGUACCAACUUGAUACUGGUGUGCUCACUGGUGAAUAUGAAUGCCCAAGGGUUUUGAGUACAGGAUAACUUUUUAAUUAUCACUUUUUCAUCAUGAUAGAAAGAGUACACAUAUGUGCAUGAUAUACAAGAUACUGGCAUUGCAAAUGUUUUGUAUCUUGAUAAAUGUAAAUUUAGAUCAGUUCAGUCAAUUCAAGUCAUGUAUUCUGAAGCAAGUAGAAAAUUGAUGGUUUCAUCAUCUUGUGCAGGGGGAAGAGCCUAUAUUUUGGGUAUCCUAAAAAUUAGCUGAAUGUAAAUGAUAUAAAUUCAGCACUAGCAAGGUGCUUUGUAAUCAUAUCAUUCCUUCAUGAAGCUUUCAGAAAUGAAUUAGCAGUGCUGUAUUUGUGUUUUCAACAUACAUGCUGAUUGCUCAAUUGUAUAGAGAGAAUAGUCUGGCUGUUCCCAUAGCAAGCUGUUUGUGGGUUGAGUUGAGAGCUGGUCACUGGUGCUGUAUAUAGUGUACUAAUUCAAUCUAGGAUGGGCAGAACAGGGGGGUAGUAAUGCUCAUCAGGCUUGUGAGGGAAAUGUAUAGAUUUCCUACAUAGAUGUUAACCCUUUUGAAACAUGUACAAGAAUAAGUUUUGAAGGUUUGUCACUUCAAAAUACAAACAAAGUUUCGAGUUAAGAUGGAAGUGCCAAGUAUUAGGAACCUGAUGUUGUCGGAAUUGUGUUACAUAUAUGUGUGGGGGACAAAAUCUUAACAAGCCAGCUCUGGACAGUAUUACAUAUACUCUCCAAUAUUGUGGAAGAGUUUGGCAGUUACAUGUCCCGACCAGAUUCAUUUGACAUUCUAAUUGUAACCACCAGGAAGAAAGCUCAGAAAAAAUUUACACUUUGUCAGAAGAGCAACUUGCAAAAUCCCAAACUGGUAGAAUUCUCCCAAGUUUAAGACUAACAUGUCUCGUCUGGAAACACUUAAGGUGUUGGAUGCUGUGUUGUUUUCUCACUUUAGAAGAGACCAACAUGUGACUUGAAAUUACUCUUGUGCCCCUAUGUCUUGACUACAGAGAAACAGAGAAAUGUCUGUCAGAAAAACAUAUGUUUACAAUUUCAAAUACCCAGUGAUAGCCAUGUCUAACCUGUUAUUUUCUUGUGUAAUAUAUAAGCAAUCUAACAAUUUGGGAAAAUAUCACUUCCAUGUACAAUGUACAUGGAAUAUUUAGGCAGGCUUGGUGCACUUAUGGUACAAAGAUAUAGAUGUAUAGAGGGCGCUGUUGAAUUUGGCUUGUGCAGUAGUGAAGCAUAUUGUUGCCAAUGAUCACCAUGCCUUUUCAUAAAGCUCCAGACUUAUCAAGCAAGUGCUCCCGAUACAGUAGGUAAAUGUUACCAUCUCAUUCCCAAGAGUUGUGACAGACUUGAAUAUCCUGUACAGAAUGUUUGACAAUGUGUUUGAAGUAUGCGUCGGUUGUUGAGAAAAUGUCAAACCAAGUUUUAGAAGUUACAGAAGCACAGUAGGAAUUUCCGAUUUUUGUGUCACACCAUGAUGUAGCCUUCUCAUAGCAACUGCAAGAAGGAAUUGAUAUUUUACUGUAUAAUUAUUAUCCAAUAAUUACUGAAUACUACAAUAUAUUCCUGACCAUUGUAAGGAGCUGUGUACAUCUACCGUGAAUGUUCCAAUGAUGGCUUAGUCCAUAUUGUUCAGAGGGUUGUAAUUGAAUGUAUUCCUGUAAGAAGAAUAAAUUGUUUUGCUUGGUAAACCGCUG